AUGCGGUCCAAGUUCAAGGACGAGCACCCCUUCGAGAAGCGGAAGGCUGAGGCCGAGCGCAUCCGCCAGAAAUACACUGAUCGCAUCCCAGUCAUCUGUGAGAAGGUCGAGAAGUCUGACAUCGCUACCAUCGACAAGAAGAAGUAUCUCGUCCCCGCCGAUCUCACCGUGGGCCAGUUUGUCUACGUGAUUCGCAAGCGCAUAAAGCUCUCCCCGGAGAAGGCGAUCUUCAUCUUCGUGGAUGAGGUCCUCCCGCCCACCGCCGCUCUCAUGAGCAGCAUCUAUGAAGAGCACAAGGAUGACGAUGGCUUUUUGUACAUCACAUAUUCCGGCGAGAACACCUUCGGUGACUUUUGA